CGCUGAUGUAAUGGUCUUUAUACUGUCAACCUCAUGCAUCAGUCUUGUCUUUCGCAACUAAGUAUUUAAGACAGUACCAAUGAGUAAUCAAGUUUUAGUCAAGAAUAUCUCUUUGGAAGUAACUGAGAAGCAAAUUUCGGAUUUCUUUUCCUUCUGCGGAAAAGUUUCCAACAUCUCUACGUUUAAGGAAGGAGACACUCAAACUGCUAAAAUCCAAUUUGAACGUCCUAGUGCUACGAAGACUGCGUUACUUUUACAGGAUGCUCUUUUAGGACAGAAUAAGAUCCAAAUUAGCAGCAGUGACGCUCCAGCUAGCUCUAGCAGCUCCCUCGACAAGGGUGGUGCUGGUGGGGACCAAGCUACUAGUCAGGAAGAUAAGCCUCGGUCUGCAAUUAUUUCUGAACUUUUGGGUCGUGGCUAUCAUUUAAGCGAUGUAACUUUGGAAAAGGGUAUACAGCUAGACCAGAGCCUAGGUGUUUCGACCAAAUUCAAGGGCGUUCUUGAAAGCGCGUUGUCUAGCGUUCAUUCAAUGAAUGAACGCUAUCAUGUUAAAGAAAAAGCUAAUGAAGUUGACAGCAAGCUUUCAAUUAGUGAUACAUACAAACGCACUACUUCUCUCUUCAGUAACUACUUAAACAAGGCUUAUGAAACCGCUGCCGGUACGUCAGCUGGCCAAAAGGUUCACAGCGUUUACGACUCUGGUAAGAACCAAUUACUUGGAAUUCACAGUGAAGCUCGUAAAGUUGCUGAUUCUAGGGGUCAUGGAACUCAAGUUGCCGAAGCGUCUGCUACCGUCCCUACUCAACCCCCUGUCGACACCAAGGCUUCUGAGUAAUUAUAGACAAGCGUAAUCCCAAGCACUAUAGCUUUUAAGUAUGUCGGUUUUUGUUGCACUUGCGAUUAAAUCGCUUUUACGCGAGUUGAUUUUUCAUCUAGGUACAUCUUUUUAAAUAUAGUAUUACCAAGCUUUGUGGAAGUUUGCGAAUUGAUUAUUUAAUAAUAAUUUUGAAUCACCAGUGAUUAUGCUGAAAGCCUAACAAACGAUUAAUCCUAUGUUCUGAUAUUCGUUGCAUAAUAUGAUAAACUAGCGUUAGUCUCUUGUUAUAACUUCGAGGGCGCUGAAUAUGAUAUAAAAAACUAAAAAAUUAAUUAAUUACAGAUGUUCAAAAGUCCAAUGAUUCAUGAACUUGUCAAUAAUCUGAAGAAGAUAAUAACAUUUACAUUUAUCAGAAUUUUACAUGAAGUGUACAAC